UUACAAUGACGAUUUUCGAUUAUUCGCAAAAUUGAAUUCGAAUGAGUGUAAUAAAAGAUUGCGUCAAGUGAUAUAAAUUCGUGAAUUUUAAGGUCAAAAAGGACAAUAGCCAAAAACUAGCUUCAAAGGAACCACAACUCUGGGAACGAUAAACAUCUGGUGACACUACGUGUAUCAAGUUCAUUGUCACAGAAAACAUCCAUAUUCCGGGGAACCACCGGACCCCCAACAUCCAAUAUAAAAAGAUCGAUAACUGUCCGUGCGCCAGUUUCGUAAAGUGGCCCCGUAGAUAGAGAUUACCGAUAAAAUCCUCACGAUAAAAAGAAACGCAGAUAUGCCUGAGACGACCAGUGGAGAUAUAGGCGGUGAAAGGAACAACCUGAAUUACCUGCCUUUUCGUAUAUUCAAUUUAUUCAUUUUGAUUGUCGCUAUGGGAAGAAUCGCCGGAGCGGAUACGUACGUCGACGAACGAAGCAGACUGAUAAACGAGGAAAAACGGAUUUUUAUGGUAAAUGGUGGAGGAAAUCUUAGCGAAAAAGAAGAGGUUGUUAAUCGGUUAUUGUUGCGAUGGAAAAAAGAUGAACUGGACGAGUCGUAUAAGAAUUCUUCGAGGUUGGCGGCUAGCGAGAACUUCUUAGUGGCCAAAGAUGAUAUUGAACAAUCUAAAGUAUUCCAGCUUAUCAGAAAACUACCUAAAGGAUCAUCCCUUCACACCCACUUUUUAGCAGGCGUAAAUAUAGACUGGAUAAUAUCUAAUAUAACAUACAACGACAACAUCUACGCCUGUUACUUGAACAACAUAUUCAAACUAAGAGUCUUACAAGAUCCAAAACAGGACGCAAAUUGUUCUUGGAAGAGCCUGAAAACUUACAGAAAGGAAUUCGCAGAUGAAAACAAAAGUUUUGACGAAUUUUUAAAGGACAAAAUGACACUCGGUAUUGACAGUCUGAACCAAAGUAGAGAGGAGAUUUGGAGUAAAUUUAAGAAUACAUUUUCGACACUGUACGAUUUGGUGGCGUAUAGGCCAAUAUUUAAACGGUAUAUUUAUAGGCUUCUAGAGGAACUUUAUGAAGAUAAUGUGUUUUAUACGGAGUUAAGAGGAACAUUCAUGCCAUUGUAUGAAAUAAACGGAACCACUUACGACACUAAACAAUUCCUGGAAACCUUUAUCGAAACAGUAGCCGAAUUUAAGGAAUCCCAUCCGAAAUUCGUCGGAGCCAAGUACAUUCAUUGUUUGUACAGGGGCGUAGACAAUACCACUUUGAAAGCGGGUUUGGAACAAUUAAUUUACUUCAAAUCGCUCUUCCCAGAUUUCAUAGCAGGAUUUGAUUUUGUUGGACUAGAAGAGGAUGGCAAGGAACUGGUUGAUUUCCACGACGAACUUCUUGGUGUCUCUCAAGAUGUGAAGUUCUUCUUCCAUGCAGGAGAAACAUUCCAAUACGGCCAUACAGAUCUAAAUCUAGUCGAUGCAAUUUUAUUGAACAGCAGUCGUAUAGGACACGCUUUUUCUUUAGCUAAACACCCUGUAUUAUUGAAUAUAGCUAGAGAAAAAGAUAUUCCAGUAGAAUUAAGUCUAAUAUCUAAUCAAGUAUUAAGGUUAAAUGAUGAUCCAAGGAACCACCCUGCAACUGUGCUAUUAUCACAAGGAUAUCCCGUUGUCAUAUGCAACGAUGACCCAUCAGUAUGGUCCGCCACUGGGCUCAGCUACGAUUGGUACGUGGUGUUUAUGACAAUGACCUGGAAAGAACAUGGCUUAGAAAUACUAAAAAUCUUUGCCCGAAACUCUAUACAGUACAGCGCAAUGUCAGACAGUGAAAAAACUGAAGCGUUUAGUAUAUGGAAUGAAGCAUGGAACGAGUUUGUGGACUUAAUGAUAGAAAAUUUGAACAAACAUUAAAUAAAACAACUUGUUUUUGUUACUGGGUUAAAGUUCUAGUCAGAUAUUGAACUAAUUUGUAAAUAUUUAUUUUCGAAAAAUUUGUAUGAUGCAAACUUAAAGAAUUGAUGAUGCAAUUAACGUAUUUUCGAUGUUUUCAAUGGAAAUUUGGUCAUACGGUUUUGUUUUGUCUUGUCAUAUCAUUUAAAUCAAUUAUGAGUGCAUAAAUUAUCAUGAGUGCAGCUAGUAUACAUAUAGGCAGUUUAUUUGUGAAGAAAGUAUUACACGUGUCUUUGUAUCUACUGUAAAUAAAUGCUAUAUUUUCGAUUA